AUGGAUAGGAGUUGGAUUCAUAGAUCACGAGAUCGUAUAUUCCGUGCGGGUGAUCAAUAUGAAGCUGGUGUAAAUGGUUUCCUGGACUUUGCUUUUUCCACAGUACCCAUAGGGGAGAAGAUUUCAUGCCCGUGUAUAAUUUGCAUUAAUCGACGACUGGGAACAAGAGAUGAAGUGUUUGAGCACUUGAUAGUUGAUGGAAUUAUGGCUGGCUAUACGGUGUGGAGUUCCCAUGGGGAAGUUAUACCUUCAAAUACCACAAUAAUAGAAAAUAUUGUGGUUGAUGAAGAAGAUGAAGAAGAUGAAGAGAUUGUUAACAUAAAUGACAUACUUCAAGAUGUGUUUCCUGGUGAAGCCUUUGAAGGAGCUGGUGGUAGUAGCAUAAGUGGACACAUAGAGGGAAUAGGAAAUGAGUUAGAAAAAUUGGAUAGAUUGAUGCAAGAAGCAGAGAAGGCAUUGUAUCCAGAAUGCAACGAGUUCACAAAAUUGUCAUUUACUGUUGCACUAUAUCACAUAAAGUGCCUAUGCAAUUGGAGUGACAAGUCCUUCUCUAUGUUGUUGGAUUUAUUGAAGAAAGCACUACCACAAAAUAAUACUUUGCCAAAUUCUUUAUAUGAAGCAAAGAAGAUGCUUAAAGAUUUGGGACUCAGUUACAACAAGAUCGAUGCAUGCCCCAAUGAUUGUAUGCUAUAUUGGAAGGAUGCAUCUAAUGAUAAGUCUUGUCUCAAAUGUGGGGCAUCAAGAUAUUCACCCAAAUCCAAAGCUCCAGCAAAAACAUUACGCCGCUUUCCUCUGAUACCAAGGCUUCAAAGAUUAUAUAAGUCAUCAGUAACAUCAUCUGAAAUGAGAUGGCAUAAAGAUGGACGUAUGGAUGAUGGAAAAAUACGUCAUCCUGCAGAUGCAGAAGCAUGGAAGGAUUUUGACAGACUGCAUCCAACUUUUAGUGCGGAUCCCCGAAAUGUUAGGUUGGGGCUUUCAAGUGAUGGAUUUAAUCCUUUUAAUGAUAUUAAGAAUUCAUAUAGCAUUUGGCCUGUUAUUGUGGUGCCAUAUAAUCUGCCACCAUGGAAGUGCAUGAAACAAACAUCGUUCAUGUUGACAUUACUAAUUCCAGGUAAAAAUCAGCCUGGAAAUGAUAUAGAUGUUUAUUUACAGCCUUUGAUUGAUGAAUUAAAAUUAUUGUGGGAUGGUGUUGACACCUAUGAUUCAUUGAAGAAAGAGUCAUUCCAUUUACGUGCCUGCCUCUUAUGGACAAUCAACGACUUUCCUGCAUAUGCCAAUCUUUCAGGCUGGAGCACCAAGGGUGCAUUGGCGUGCCCUUGUUGCAACAAAGAGACCAUGUCAACUUGGUUGAAACACAGCCAUAAGCAAUGUUACCUAGGCCAUCGUCGAUUCCUAGAAGGAAAUCAUAAAUUUCGAUUGGAUAAGAGAGGUUUCAAUGGUUGUGUUGAGUUUGGGGUAGCACCACAGCCCCUUUCAGGCAUUGCUUCGCUAGCUCAAAUGGAAGGUGUAGAAUUUCCUACAUUUGGUAAGGGAUCUGAUAAGAAUGAUACCGAUAAACGAAAGAGAGUUGGAGGUCGAACUAAACUACCUUUUAAUUGGAAGAAGAGAAGUGUAUUCUUUGAGUUGCCAUAUUGGAAGCAUAAUCUACUCCGUCAUAAUCUGGAUGUCAUGCAUAUAGAAAAGAAUGUGUGUGACAACAUCAUUGGUACACUGUUGGAAUUAAAAGAUAGAUCAAAGGAUAAGUUGGAGGCCCGACUAGAUUUGCAAGACAUGAACAUUAGACCAUCUUUGCAUCCGCAGAGGAUAGAGGGGAGAACUAAAGUGAUUAUACCUCCAGCAAGCUAUACAAUGUCUAAGGUAGAAAAAGAACAGUUUUGCAAAGCUUUAGAUGGUUUGAAGGUGCCUGAUGGGUAUUCUGGAAAUCUAUCACGUUGUGUGAAAGUUACUGAAAGGGAUAUGUCUGGAAUGAAGAGCCAUGAUUGUCAUGUUUUAAUGCAACAACUCCUUCCUCUAUCAAUACGGGUACAUCCAACGAAGAAUGUUAAGUUGGUGUUGUUGUCAUUGUGCGCUUUCUUUCGAUGUGUAUGUGCGAAAGUUGCUAAAACCGAAGAUUUGAACCAACUUGAAGCCAGUAAUGCUUAA